UUUUUCAUAUCUACUUUAUUCUACACUUACAACAUACUCAAUUAGAUACAUUUACUAUGCAAAUAAGCACUUUAUUUGCAUAGCUAAUGAUGAAAUUCUAUAAUUCCAUUGUGUUCCGUAACUGGACUGGAAUAAAUGUAACACAUGCAAUUCAUGGCAGGCGGAACAUAAACAAAUACCAAACAUGAAGAUGAGUAACUGGUGGAAAUGAGGUCGCCAAAUUCUAUGUCUUUCACAAGGGUAGAAUUUUUCAACAGGUACUUAAAAUUUGUCUCACGUACUGAUACUCUACUUAUCAUAUAUAAAGAAAGCUUAGUGAAAAUGGAGUACAAUCUAUUUUGCGUCGAACAAUUGUGAAAGCUCUCGUGCAUGUACGUGACAAAAAUAUUAAUCGGACGAUGGCGCAGAAGCAAAUCCGAUUAGGUUUUGAUAGCAAUAAAAUCAUAUAGAUAUGAAUAUUAUUUAUCAUAUAUAUCAUAUCAAGAGAAUCUUUCCAAAAACCAGAUAUAUUGCAUAACUCUUGAAGUAUGAAAAAGGAUCACAGAGCCAACCGUGCACCCCCGCAAAAUAUCGUACAGUCCAUUAUGAUUACCGGAAAAGUCAGGUAAGGCCAGACACCGUCCCCGUACAGUUGCCCUUUUGUUCCCUUUUGACACACUGUUUUAGUCUUUACCUUCUACCCCCUACCACAAACAUAUACCCUAUAACAGAUCUCGGAUGGCGAUGUCAAACUUCAACAGGAGGCGAGCGAUCCCGCUCUUGGUGUCGUUUGUGGCAGGCAUGGUGACUCAGGUGUUCUUUAACACGUAUGAAGUCAGCAUGUUUGAAGGCUGGCCUGCCAUCACGCCAUACUCCUGUCCGGUAAGGUUUCGGGUGGUCGGGAACUGUUCGUGCCAUGAUCUGCAGUCUCAGCUGUCCACAUGCCAGCAGACAAAGUUUGUCACACAGUUCAAGUCCUGUCACGUCCCGAUACAGAAGACGAAGACUGGCGUCAAGGGUCCAAAGAAAAUAUUUUUGGACUGUGGAGCCAAUGUUGCAUCCAGCGUGCAGCUUUUCAGAGAAACAUACCCAGGCGGCCAUGAUUACGUCAUUCAUUCGUUCGAGCUCGACGAGAGACUGCAGCCGUACUUCGCUCCGUACUCCAACCACGAGCUUCACUGUCCCACGGCGGUCUCCGAUACAGAUGGAGAGAUGACGGCGUUUUCUGAAUCGGCCUGGUCUCCAGACAAGGGGAAGAACAACGGCGUGGACAUGCAGUGGGGAGGGGGGUCUCUGUUCGUUAGCGAAGCCGAGAAGAAGGACACUGACACAGGAGGCAACAGAAAACUGUCUCACCGUAAAACAGUGCCAACGGUAGAUCUGUCCCGAUGGAUACGGUCUAACUUUGCAGUUGAAGACGACAUAGUGUUCAAGCUCGAUGUUGAAGGAGCAGAGUACGGCAUUCUGAAGAAGAUGCUGAAAGAAGACACGUUUCGCUUCAUUGACAAGUUUUACGGUGAGUUCCACCCCUGGCAGCCUACUGGACUAAGCAGCAGCGAGAAGAGCCAGCUGAUGGUCGAGCUGACGGAGAAGAAGAUCACGCAACUGUCGUGGGCAGCAGAGGUGCAAGACUACCAGGAUAUUGAGGAGUUGCACGAUUCUAAGGCCCCAGAUGGAACCAGCCUGCAGCCGGCCUUCUACCUGCCGGCCAGCGCCAGUAGGGACAUCAGGCAGGCUGCGGCACGGAGGGACCUGCGGGUGGUGUACCCAACUGCGAGGUUUCCUCCAACUAAAGGAACUCUGCUCACCUACAACAACUACUACUACUACCGGGACGUCGAACGCGUGCCUAAAGCUUUGCGCAUGAUCAGUACAGCUCUAGGCCAGGAGGGAGGGAUCGUGAGCCUCGACUCUGACCAUCCGGACAGCUACAUGAUCUCUGUGUUUCUCCUGGACUAUCUGGUCGAGAACUCUGGUUUCCAACUAGUUGGAAUCAAUGACUGUAUAGCAGGAGUUUAA